AUGACUGCUCGAAGAGCCUGUGACCGAUGCUACCGGUAUAAGGAGAAGUGCGUCUUUCAGGAUGACGGGAAGACAUGCACUCCAUGCAAACGGGUAGGCCGAACCUGCACGACACUCCGCUCGCUCCCACGCCAGGGUCGACGACCGACAUCCAAGCGCCUGGGUCCAGGUAGUUCUGUGCAGGUAUGGGAGGUCACAAGUACCACGACAGCUACCAGCGAAAGCACAUCAACUCCGUCGUAUGUGGGUGCCAGUGUUGCAGGAGGUUGCUCCCCGACAAUAUACGACAACGAGGUUUACAGCAACGAUGCGCACUUUCAAACCUUAGUGCCAGGCCCAUACACCUACCGAUUCCAAGACAAUCUCAAUGAGCUGUUUCAUUCCUCGCCCAAAAUCAUCGAGGGCUUCUACUCGACAUAUGACCUGUUCAUGCUUGGCCCAACCUUUGUGCCAAGGUACCGCGCCGCCAUCCGGCAAUCGUACAUCUGCUCACCCGUGCUCUUGCAAGACAUUUACGCGGCAAUGUUCAACGCCUGCAAAAGAGCAAGAGUCGGUUCGGGCGCCUUCGAUGUGUCAGAGCUGGCGCCGGGCGCGAUGUCUCUGCGGAAACUCCGAACCACGCGAGUUGGUGGGCUGCAGGACGCACUCGCGAUGCUGGCCCUUGGUCAGACAUUGGCGGCAUUUGACUAUUUGACCGUGUGCGUAGGUCCGUCACUCAUCCUGCGAUACACUUUGUCCUCGAUUCGACCAUGGUACGAGGAGCUGGGAGGGGAUGCGACGUUCGACCCUCUGACCGUCGGCCCGAUCUUCUGGGACACCGUCUCCUGCUUGCUGAGGCGUGAGAUUCCCAUCCUUCAAUUCUGGCCCCGAGAAGGUCACAUAGUCCAUCAUAUGGUCGGGCUCUGUACUACACUACUGCCGAUAUUCUACGACCUAUGUGUGGUCAUCAAGAGGCUCAAGAAUCGGUCCAGUUACUCUUGGUCGGAGGGGAAUGCCCGUAUCCGACAGAUCGAGCAGAGGCUGCUCUCAUGGACGCCCAAAGCGCCACAUGACUUUAUCAGUACGUUCUCCAGGCAGGAGAUACUGGCCAUGAAAGCGCAGGCUCAAAUGUACCGGUCGGCGGGGCUCUUGAUAGCCCACCGUACUCUGCAUCCCUUGGGCACGGGCGAUGAUCUCGCCACGUCGUACGCGAACACCAUCAUCUUUGAAUUUACACAGUAUCAGACGUCGAUGGAGCCAGGUGCAGGAUUGCACAAUGUCGCCUUUCCGAUCUUCAUGGCCUCGCUGGAGAUUUUAGAGAUCCCGAAGGAAGUGUGGAAAAGCAUCCCAUCGUUGGCCUUGGCCCCGCUCUGCUUUGCUAAGAUGCAGGCUCUGCGUGCCUACGUUUGGGCAGAACGACGUGCCAGCACCACGAGGUUCAUGUUGGACUUGGUGGAUGAAGGACCCUAUUUUGUUGUGAUGCCAUAA